AUGGCGGAAGAACACAGGCGCUAAUUCUCGGACGGGUGUCUCGCCUGCAGUCGGGGAACAAGUUAGUUAUUUACGUCGAGAAAUGGGUCUAAUUAGCACAAAACUGUCUUCGAGUAGUCCCUAUUCCCGUGAACAUUUUUAGUGAGCCUUUGUGUGAAUUCCUGCUUAAAUUCAUAAAGAGGAAGACAACUUCAAACAGCAGCCAUGGCAGAGGAACGUCGACAGAAGCAGUGUUCGGUUAGCCUGCCCACAGAGUCAAUGAAGGCCAUGGCAGAGUCGAUGGGGGUCGGGCAGUUACAGGAGGAAAGCUGCGCGGCCCUCAGUGAGGAGGUCAGCUACAGAAUAAAAGAAAUUGCACAGGAUGCUCUGAAAUUCAUGCAUCACGGGAAGAGGCGUAAAUUAACCACUGGUGAUAUAGACAAUGCACUCAAGCUAAAAAAUGUGGAGCCCCUAUUUGGGUUCCAGGCGCAGGAGUUUAUUCCUUUUCGUUUUGCAAGUGGUGGUGGAAGAGAGCUUCAUUUCUAUGAGGAAAAGGAGGUCGACCUUAGUGACAUUAUAAACACACCGCUCCCCAGAGUUCCACUAGAUGUUUCCAUGAAAGCUCACUGGUUAAGUAUUGAAGGGGUGCAGCCUUCGAUUCCAGAAAAUCCACCACCAGUCACAAAAGAGCAACAAAAGACUGAAUCUACAGAGCCCCUGAAAGUUGUCAAGCCCGGUCAAGAGGAGGAAGGUAAAAUUCAAGGCAAGGGACAGAAUUCAACGACUCCUGAUGGCAAAGGAAAAGAUAAAGGUCUCAUCAGGUUGAAAUCGCGCAGCACUCAUGAGCUGUCUGUUGAACAGCAACUCUACUACAAGGAAAUCACAGAAGCGUGCGUUGGUUCCUGUGAAGCUAAAAGAGCAGAAGCCUUACAGAGCAUUGCUACUGAUCCAGGAUUGUAUCAGAUGCUUCCGAGAUUCAGUACAUUCAUUUCUGAAGGGGUUCGUGUAAAUGUUGUUCAAAACAACUUGGCUCUGCUGAUUUAUCUCAUGAGGAUGGUCAAAGCACUAAUGGAUAACCCCACCCUGUAUUUGGAAAAAUAUCUACACGAGCUCCUCCCAGCUGUGGUCACCUGUAUUGUGAGUAAGCAGCUGUGUUUGCGGCCAGACGUCGACAACCACUGGGCGUUACGAGACUUUGCUGCCCGCCUGAUGGCCCAGAGUUGCAAAACCUUCAGUACAACGACCAACAACAUCCAGUCCCGUAUAACCAAGACUUUUACCAAGAGCUGGUUGGAUGAAAAAACCCAGUGGACGGCGCGAUACGGCUCCAUCGCCGGACUUGCUGAACUGGGACCUGACGUGAUCAAAACGCUGAUCCUUCCUCGGCUUGCUGUAGAGGGUGCUCGCAUCAAAGCCGUGAUGGAAGGACUCGUGGUCUCCAACAUCGAUAGGAUAGGGGCUGAACAUGUUCAGAGCCUCUUACUGAAACAUUGUGCCAGUGUUAUCGCCAAGAUACGACCCCAGCCCGACAUUGUGGAGCAGUACCGGACAGAAUACGGCUACCUGGGACCCAUGCUCUGCUCUCAUGUGAUGAAGGCCAGAACCCAGGCAGCACUGCAGGCUCAGCAAGUCAACAGAACCACCUUAACAAUCACACAGCCUCGCCCCACCCUUUCAGUCUCACAAAGUGGGUUGAGUGGGUCGGCAGGGUCCCGCACUCCCAGCAUCAUUAAGGUUCCAAGCUCCCUCACCCUCAUGUCCCCGAGACCGGGCACCCCAACACAACCGUCUCCCCCGGCAACCAAAUACAUCGUAAUGGGAACCAGUGCAGGAUCUGCUUCAACUCAGCAGGUAAUCACUCUUAGCUCCUCGGGGUCGGCCUCCUCGGUAACGAGCACCGUUCCCAGUGCGACCUCGACGUUGCAGCCUUUGGUGAAACUGGAGUCCAGCGGUCCCGGACUGACGACUUCACGGCCUCUGCAGAAGUACAUAGUCGUGUCUCUGCCCUCGUCCGCUUCCUCCUCCUUGGAGACCAAGAGCUCCGUGUUACCAGCCUCGGUUUCUUCGACCCCGCUAGACACGGGGAUGAAGCUAGAGCGGUCCGAGUCUCCUGGAGCAAGCACACAAUCACCUCACUGAUACUUGUAUAGCUAGUGAAGUUUUUUUUUUAUCGCGUUGGAGCAGCUGUACUUGGAUUUGUCUGGACCGAACCUCGAAGGGUAAACUCUGGAGUGACGCUGAAAGGAUUAUGCAGACUCUUAACUGAUAAUGAGCAAAUGUGACCUGUCUUUGUAAAUAUCUUAAUGCCCUCUGAAAGCUGAUCUAUCUGUGACAUGUUCAGUGUUUCAUCUUAAAUUCUAACGGAUUUCACGGUUUCUUUUUUACCCUAAAAUAAAUCUUGAUUUUGUAUAAAA